CGUUCCCUGUCAUCGGGCCCCCACUCGAUUCCACCCCUAGCACCUUCUAGUUCUAGGAGAAUGUAUAUGUUUUCAACUACUCCUGUCGGCCUCCUACUGGCAAAGCGAAAGAGUAAGCCUUGCUGUGACUGGAAUACAUCAAGCAGGCACCCUCCUCGUGCGCGCACAACCGCAGCAGCGAAACGGCCCAUUCGCCACUGCCCAGUGUGUGUUGCAGCAGCAGCAGCAGCAGCAGCAGCAGCUCAACCUCUAGUAUAGGCCUAUCUAUGCUGUACGAAGGGAGAGCUCGCCCGCUACGCAGCUCUGCUCACAGCCGACACAGGCACGGAGUCCUGGACCGGUCCCAAAUUGCCAGACUGUAUCUGAUACAGUCUAAAGCUAGAAGCAGCACAGCGACUCAGCCGGAGGAACCAUGCUACAUGUGCGGGCCACAGGGCACAGGGCACGACCAGAGCCGAGCGCUCGGAAAGAGAACCGAAACCAAUGCCUUGGCCGUUGGUCAGACCAUACCAGGCCUCUUGGCGACCACCGGACCAAGCGCAAUAAAACCACUGGCGCUCAGUGCUCUUCCACACACCGUCGCCUUCAUCUCAACUGGUAACGUUCUGUAAAUACUGUCCUCGAAAGAAAACAAAGAACAGAAGAACAAGAAAGAUGGGUUCGGUAAGCGACGCAGAGAAGCAAGCGAUUGAUGAGAGUCCUACCUCGAGGUGCCGUUCUCAGCCUUCGUGUCAAGCAAGAUUCACGUUGGUGAUUAGCAUCUUGGCCCUCAUAAUCUCACUGGCAACUCUUACUACUGUACUCGUCUCCCGAUACCACGACUACGACGACCAUCAUCACCUUCGUCCCCAGUGGCAAGGCUACAAUCGCACGACCGGCGACCAACUCGCACGACAGCCACAGGAGGAAGUCCCCAGACAACUACAAGCGCGUGUGCUCACUAAACGGUCGCAGGCAGCGCCACAGCAGAGUACAUGUAAUAUGAGUCGCUGGAGGGAGGUUUGCCACCGCGCACCAAGACACCACCAUCACACGAUCGCCACCAAGGUCACCCUAGUGCACAAACGACCCUACGUAAACGGCUUGCAAAAUCUCAUGUGGAGUUAUGACCAGCAGGACUGUGUGGCCACCUGUAUGGGGAUAAGCCGCGACGACAGCAGCAGUGUCGUCAUUCCGAAAGAUGGCGUAUACAUGAUCCGAGUCGACCUGCGAGCGAACGAACCCUUCGCCAAUGAAAUGAUAGUAGAUGUCCGAGUGGACAAUUCCAGGAGCCUGGGUAUUGUGCGGUUUCCAAACACUGCUCUAUCCAAUGCUUCUGGUAACAUUGAACAUGCCAAGAUGACGAUGAAGGAACCGCCGGCACAUGGCCGAAACAACAACAUUGAGCCGCCAAGAGCCGCUGGUCUCUCCGAGCAUCAAACACGCUCCCUGUACGUACCUCUCUACUAUGAGAAGCUUGAGUACUUGAAGGCUGGCAAUCGCAUUUCGGUGCGAGCGCGGUGGUUUCAGGUGCUGUACAAUCGGCACGAGGUACGACCAAUCCAUCUGGACCAGACGACAGGGAACACUAGGAGCAACACACUGCAGAUAUUCCGCGUCUAGAUCCCAGUUGGAAAUGUGGUCGACGAGCAGACCCACUCACAUGCCCUACACCUUGCCAGUUUAGUGUCAGCAGUGCCAGUGGUAGUGAGCUCAGAUGCCAGCCAACAAUCAUAUCCGACCUCUGACUAAAACAAAUUCCAUUUACGA